AUCAGACGCCAUAACUAAGGAUUGUGUUUUUAUGAUCACCUCGUCAGGUUCUGCUCCGUACCUGCCUCCAUAACUACUAUGUUUAUUACAUUCUGUGCGCCGCAGUUGAUAUUCUAUAUGACCCGCCGAGGGGCUCGUCCCACAACCCCUGGCACAUCUCGGACCUGGGAGGCGCGUCACAUCCAAGCUCCGCCUCGAAUGUCUUACGUUGCCCAAGAGCCAUUGACCUGUAUUGACUUUCCCGUACCCAGUAUAGAACUCGCCUCAUGAUACCUCCGUCCUGAAUCUGCUCGGCCCUUCCCUCGCCGUUGUUAGACCGCCGGUUCCCUUUCCCCAUCCUCCUCCUCACAAACUUCCUCAGCUUCCAAAUGGCCGAUUCACUCCACAACUCCCGAAUACACAAAUGGAUCGCAUCGUCACCGCCCGUCGUUUGGGGCAUUCGACAACUGCGCGAACUCAUCAUUGGCGCCCUAAGACAGGGGCCAAUCCCUCAGCAUGUCGCUUUUGUCAUGGACGGGAACCGACGCUUUGCGAGAAACCAUCACAUUGAGACGGUAGAAGGGCAUAAUCUAGGAUUCGAGUCGUUGGCAAGGAUUCUCGAAGUAUGCUACAAAACCGGCGUCAAGGUCGUUACCAUCUACGCUUUUAGUAUAGAGAACUUUAAGCGUUCCAAGCAUGAGGUGGAUGCCCUCAUGAGCAUGGCGAAAGUAAAGUUGGAACAACUAUCAGAGCACGGUGCCCUGCUGGAUCGGUACGGUGCAUCUAUUCGCAUCCUGGGUCAGCGCAGUUUGGUCAAACCGGACGUUUUGGAAGCCAUCGACAAGGCUGUCGCCCUGACGGCGGGCAACAAAAAAGCCAUAUUAAAUGUCUGCUUCCCAUACACCUCCCGCGACGAGAUCACAACAGCCGUGAGGAAGACAGUCGAGACAUACAGCAAACCUAUAGGUGGACCUUCAACCCCAUCAAAGCGCCCAUUCUCCGAAACGCACAUAACGCAACACAUCCGCCAGCAAAUGCUCCAGACCGUGCCUGAAGAUAUGCCUGAAUUCCAGUCAUCACGGUCGGCUUCGCCGUCAUCGUCGAAGGACAACUCUAGCGCUGGGGAUGGAGAACAGUCUUCAACCACAUCUACAGCCAUCAACCCGUCAGAUCAUGAUGACUACGGAGGUACUGCUCCGGUUUAUCGGGACCCUGAGACGAUUACGGCCGAGACAUUGACUGACAAUAUGUUAACUGCUGGCGCCCCGCCGCUCGACCUUUUGAUACGAACGUCAGGAGUAAAGCGACUGAGCGAUUUCAUGCUAUGGCAGUGCCAUGAAAAAACUUCGAUAGUUUUCCUAGAUUGUCUGUGGCCGGAGUUCGAUCUAUGGCACUUUCUACCCGUGCUCGUGGAGUGGCAGUGGCAGAAGAAGAAGCUUCACGAGCAAGAACGAGGCCGCGGCCGUCAUGGAAUCGAUUGAGAUCAAGAGCUAUGUAAGAGCAGGGGACCGAGCCGCAACAACGCGUA